AGGACGAUGUCGGCGGCAUUCUUUCCUCCAGUGACGGAAGCGUGGAAGAAGGCGCAGGUGAAGGACGGAGACGUACCUUGCACAGCCUUCCUUGAGGCAGCUGAAGCCUUCAUUCCCCUGUUUGAUCGUCUCGGAACUGUAUUCAGCCCCGUCAAGAGCGAUGUGGGAGGAAACGUUACCAAGCUCAAGGCGGCGCACGCCAAGAAUCCCACGGCAAGCCUGAACAAGCUCAUCUUGGACGAGGUUGCGGCGGGAAAGACCAAGGACAAGACCUCUGCCUCGAUCGCUCUCCUCUGGUUCAAGAGGGCGAUGCAGUUCAUCUUCUCCAUGUUGAAGAAGGUUUCUGCUGGAGAGGACGCUAACAAGGCGGCGAAGAGUGCCUACGACGAGACUCUGUCGCACUAUCAUGGCUUCCUCGUCAAGAAGAGCUUCCAGGUGGCCCUCAUGGCUGCUCCUGGCUCAGACUCUAUGCUGAAGGCGCUCGGCAACGACAAGGAUCAGACUAUGCGAGAGAUGCAGGAAUGGGUGUCCGCCGCCUCUCCCAUCCUCGACUUCAUCCACGAGUUUCUCGACAAAAACAAUUUGGAUGACAAAUCGAAGGUUUAAGUCUUGAAGGAGGAGAAGCGAAGCAGCAUGCUGCUUCACUCCUGCCAUGACGGUGAUGGCGCUAUGGGAAGGGAGGGGGCAGCAGACUCUUGCUUGGCCGGGACAGACUCUCCCCGAAUGGCCUCUCUGUAAUUUCAUGUUUCUCUGUCAACAGCCCUUGGUGCAGAUGAUGCGCAAAAACAAAAUUCUCUAGUCUUCAAGAUAAUCAAAAAGUUAUGAAUCC